AUGGCCACCUUUCAAAAUGUGGACCCCGCACUUAAGGUCUAUUUCAAGAAACACUCCAUACCUGACAUCUAUGAGGCCCUGUUAUGUGGUUUAUUGAUUAUGUGUCCUGAUGAUCCACUCAGGUUUUUAGAAGAAAAGAUAAAAGAAAUAAUGGAAAAAGGUCUUUAUAGUAUUUUAUGGAAUAUGUGUAUUGAUCCAGCAUUAAGUCUAAGGCUAAAAGUGAUUUCAGAAACAUAUUUACACACUCUUUUGGGACUUGAUGAUGAUCAGCUGAUGACAACAGAGCUGUGUGACAAAGCAUGGGACUUUUACAGCACCAACUUAAAGAGAAUAUGUUUUGAUGCAUGGAUAAACUAUUGUUCCAUGAAGAAAAUUACUAGAGCAGUGCUGCAGAAAAAGUUGUCUCUGGCAAGACAUGUCUAUGAAAACAAGUUAUUAAAAUUAAUAAUAAAGAACUGGAACACUUGGGUGCAGUAUCGCAAGGAAGAACAAGAUGGGGCAGUGAAAAGAAUAGCAAAAGUCUUUGAAUGUGCUUUACAGAAGAAAAUUUUAAUGACUUGGAAAAAAGAGGCAGGUUUUGUCAGAAAGGCUAAAAGAUACAUGGAGCAUAUAGAAGAAGCAACUGAGGAAUUGCAUGUUGUUGAAAGAACUCAUGCUGAAAGACGUCAUUCUGAGAAACGUCACUCCGCCAUGAGGCAUCAUUUUGAUGAAACCAUCUUAACAUUACACUCAAGAUCAGGCAAAGAACAUUUGACAAAACUGCCAGAAAGAGCAAUAGCUCAGAUCUUCCACUAUUUAACUUUAAUUGACUUGGGAAGAUGUGCUCAGGUUAACCGAGCUUGGAAGGCAAUGACACAAAUGACUUCUGUAUGGAGUAAAGUUAAUUUUUCUGCAGUAAAAGAUAUAGUGAAAGAUAAUAUAGCAGGAAAUAUUUUACUGAAGUGGCACACAAGUGUAGUACAUUUGAAUCUUCGUGGCUGUGCUACUCUUCACUGGCUUACUUUUAAAAAUAUUGGUCAGUGUAAGAAUUUGCAAGAGUUAAAUGUCUCUGAAUGUCAAGGGUUAAAUGAUGAAUUAAUGAGAAUUGUAUCAGAAGGUUGUCCAGUUCUCCUUUACUUAAAUUUAUCUCACACUGACAUCACCAAUGGCACACUACGACUAUUAUCAAGGGGCUUUCCCAACUUACAAUAUCUGAGUUUAGCUUAUUGCAGAAAAUUCACAGACAAAGGUUUACAGUACCUCGGCUCUGGAAGAGGAUGUCACAAGCUCAUCUAUUUGGAUAUUUCAGGCUGCCUCCAGAUCUCAGUAGAAGGCUUCAGAAAUAUUGCUAACAGCUGCAGUGGUAUCCAACACCUGAUAAUUAAUGAAAUGCCUACUUUGACAGACAGAUGUAUUCAAGCUUUAGCUGAAAAAUGUAAACAGAUUGUGUCUGUUGAAUUCAACGAGUCUCCACAUGUUUCUGACACAGGUUUUAAAGCACUUGCUCAAUGUAAACUUGUUAAAAUGAAGAUACAAGGAAGUAAUCGGAUUACUGACCUCAGUUUCAAACUGAUGAGCAAAUUCUGGCCCCAUAUGAAACGUAUUAGUGUGGCUGACUGUCAGAAGAUAACAGAUGUGGGUCUGAAGCUAAUUGCAUCACUGGAUGAUAUUAUUGUACUAAAUUUAUCUGAUUGCAUGAGAAUCAGUGAUGCAGGAAUAAAAACAUUUGUUGAUGGUUCUUCGGGCUCAAAGAUAAGAGAACUAAGCUUGGCCAAUUGUUCCUAUAUUACUGACAGUGCUGUCAUAAAAAUAGCUCAAAGGUGCUCAAAUCUAGUUUAUCUGAAUUUGCAUUAUUGUCAAGCUGUGAGUGAUGCUGGAAUUGAAACUUUGAUACUGAUACCAUCCUUGGCCUAUAUUAAUCUUUCUGGACUUUAUAUCACAGACCAGGCUCUGGAUACCCUUGGCAAACAAUGGAAAAUCAAGGAGAUUACUAUAUCAGAAUGUAGACAGAUUUCUGAUGCAGGAAUUAAGAAAUUCUGUAUUGAUUUGAGAAAAUUAGAAUACAUUGAUUUCUCCUAUUGCCAUCAGCUAUCAAAUAAUUCAUUAAAGUACUUGACUUUUAAUUGCCAUAGACUUACAUCUCUCAGUAUGGCUGGUUGUUCCAAGAUAACUGACACAGGUAUCCAGUUUGUGGCUGCUGGUUGCACUUAUCUUCAUUAUUUGGACAUCUCAGGUUGCAUAAAUAUCACUGACAAAGGACUAAAAUGUCUGAUUAAAGGUUGUCUUCAACUCAGAAUUCUCAAGAUGCUAUACUGCACAAAUAUUACCAGACAAGCAGUUUUAAAAAGUGUAUCAAAACUUCAGAAAUAUGAAUACAGUGAUGAUGACCCCCCUCUGUGGUUUCGUGAUACCAGUGGUGACUCAUUCAUUCCAAAGAAGCACAAAAAACCACGACACAGUGUAGCAGCAGUUCAGCAGAUAGUAGCACCUCCAACAGAAAAAGUCUUGGAGAUCCAUAAACCCAACACAGAAGACCUUCCAGCAGAAACAAGUUUGGAAGUCAGUAGGCCUUCCACAGAUGAACAUCCAGGUGAAAAACAGAAGCCAAAUGAUAUUUAA